ACAACUUUAAUUUAGUAGACUUGCAAAUUAUGAAGCGCAGUAAAAUAGCGCAUGCGCUAGCAAUAGAUUUUAAAGUUCAAGCAAUUGGUGUUGCUUCAGUCAAGAUUCAUUUUAACAAAUUUGUAAGUAGCUGGAGGGUACUUGUAAUAUGGCAAGCCAAGAAAUUCCCAUUGAAAACACUCCAGCAACAUCUUCAAAAGGAAGCAACAUAAAAAAAACUAAAUCCAUCAGAGUAGCACCUUCUGUUGCAGAAAAACUUGAUAUCCUCUAUACAGAAGCAGAGUUUCAUUUCAAGAAAUUUGUGUUUACUACUAUUCACAGGAUGGAAAUUCAAAACGAAGAAGCUAAAGAUUAUCUACAAAGCAUUAAAGAAACUGUAAUUAAUGAAUUUAAACUUCCAACGCAACAGUCUCUCUUAACUUUUCAUGAGGAGUCUCAGGUACUAUUAACAUGGCUUGAUGCCCUGAAAGUCUCCAACAACGAUAUAUUAGAAAGUCAGCGAAUACAUGCUUUCCUAAUUGUGGAUAACUGGUUCAACGAUAUCGUGCAUUUGAUUAAUUCUGAUCCAAGGAUAUGUGCAGGCGUGGAAAUUAAGGAACCUAAAGGCUCAUCGGACAUACCCUCAUCUCCAAAAUUUUCCGUUAAAGCAGAGAGCGAAAAACUAGAAAUUCCCGAAAGUUUUGGUCUAUCUCGAUCUUCUCCAGGUCGAGGAGCUUGUCAGCUUAUUAACGGCUUCUGCAGAUGGUUUCAUUUCGGGGAAGGCUCAAAAGGAAGAACCUUUCGUCCUGUAAAAUUAUAUAAAAUUUUUGCUAUUUACAUAGCUGUGUACGCCUUAAGUAAUUACACAUGCUUAGACGAUUGUGUAAACUGGCUGUUAAAUUAUACGUAAAACAAAUUAACAAUUAAGCUUUUACUAUAUUUCUUAAUCCCAGCAUUCCUUUUUGUUACUUUUAAAUUUAAAUGUCUAGCAUUCCUAAUUGUCUUUUAUUGCUGCAAAUAAAUAUUUGAA